CCCUCUCGUAAACAAUGGGCAAGUACGCGCAGUCGCACCUCAUCAAGGACCGCAAGGCGGUCGGCAUCUCGAAGGGCUCGUACCUCCGUGUUCACUACAAGAACACUCGCGAGACCGCCGCCGCCGUCUCGGGCCUGACCCUCGCCAAGGCGAUCAAGCUCCUCGAGGAGGUGCAGACCCACACGGCGUGCAUCCCCUUCCGCCGCCACAACGGUGCCGUCGGCCGCACUGCCCAGGCCAAGGUCCACGGCGUCGUCCAGGGUCGCUGGCCCGUCAAGUCGGCCAAGUUCCUCCUCGCCCUGAUCAAGAACGCCCAGGCCAACGCCGAGGCCAACGGCCUCGACAAGGACGAGCUCAUGGUCAAGAACAUCUCGGUCCAGCAGGCCCCGAAGAUGCGCCGCCGCACCUACCGCGCUCACGGUCGCAUCAACCCGUACCAGUCGUCGCCGACCCACCUCGAGAUCAUUCUCGCCCCGAUGUACGCCGAGGUCCCCAAGGCCGACGAGGAGCAGGAGGUCGCCGCCCCGCAGGAGACCAUCGAGGCCUAAACCCCCUCUCCCCCCUCCUUCCUUCUAGCACCCCCCCUUACCCAGACGCCGUCAUCCCCGUUGUUGUAGCGUUCCACCCGGCGAGCGCUCGGCUCCCCCCUCCAAGUGAGAGGGUGUCGGGCGCUCAUGCAUGCCGGGCUGCAGUGCGAGGUGGUGGACCCACCCCUGCCGUGUCCCGCGACCCUCGUCUCCCUUUGUGGGACGUGUGGUUGGGCGGGACUGUCCGGAAAGCUCUCGUUCUCUCUAGCGCGCGCUCGUCGUUGCCGCCGUCGUCGGCCCGGCGGGUCGUUU